CAGUUAUAUUUAUAUUUCUUCUUGCAGGAUGGAAGGUAAAGGAAAAUAUGGGUUUCCAACAGACACAAAGUAUGAAGGUGAAAUGAAGGAUGGCAUGUUCCAUGGUAAAGGAACACUUUUCUUUCCAAACGGAAGCAAGUAUGAUGCAACAUGGGAAAACGGCACAGCUGUAGAGGGGAAAUACACAUUUGCUGAUGGUUUGGAAUACGAUGAACCAGAGUGGCUAUAUUGUGAUGGUUAUGAUAGGAGAUUCUACACAGAGACGUGUGAUGGACUCAAACCAGCUGGUCGAUCACAGCUAACGAAUAGGAUACCCCCAAGAGAUAUUCCAGAAGGUUGCUAUGAUACAGGUGAUGGUUUCUAUAACCCAACAUCAAGAGUCAUUGUGGAUUAUAACCAUAAAUUCCUAAGAAAUGCAGAUGAUGAUGAACAUGCAUGGAUUAUCAAGACUUGCAGGAAAGGAUGGGACGAAAUAGCAGGAUAUCAAGAGAAACCAGAUUUAUAAGACAUACUUAAUCAUAAGAUAUGAUCUAGCAAAUCUCAACUGUAUUCAUCAUAGUUUUAAUAUGCAAGACUUAUUUCCAUACCAGUGCCUCUAAAAUGGGCUUGGUACUUUUCAAGUUAACAUAAGUUGUCAAAAAGAUGUGCAGACAAACAUGACAGGUAUAGGUAACCAGAGAUCUGUGCUAUACCAAUUUCUUCAUUUCAUGAGUCAUGGUGGAUUUUAUGAUAACUCAAGAGUCAUGUUUUAUUCAUGUUGAUUUUAUUGGAUUACAGCAAAUACAUCCCAAGUCUCUUGACUUUGUUCAGAAACAAUGUUGCCGAGUAUACAUUUUCUUGCUUAGUUUUUUCCCGCCAUAUAUGAAUGAAAGCUUGUUUUAACUGCACAUUACAGGCAAUUUAUUACUAUGAUAAUACUAAAGACGACUGAAGUUGUAAAAAUUACAAAAUCAAUGAUGUUAUGAGCAACAUAAAGAUAACAAUUGCAAAAAUAUAAGCCCCUGAUGUUUAUGAAUAGUAUGACUGCAAAAAUUGUAAUGCACAAUAUUCUUUGCUCCAAAAUCUUCACGAUUAGAAUUUUUUGUUGAUUUGAUGAGCAUGUAUUCUGUGGCUACAUUCAGAAAACUAAUUUGGCUCGCCAUAUACGAAAUCACUUAAAAAGUCAUGAAGUUUUUCAAGUAGCAUAAAAGUUCAACAGAUCAGUACUUUUGAUUCAUGCUAUGAAUUUCUUAGACCCAUGAGAUGAAGCCCUAACCUGGUGGGUGUUUCAUAAAGCUGUUCAUAAGAUACGAAUGACUUUACUCUCAACUGGUGAUCCUUUAUUGUGCUAUGUGAUAUAGCCCUAUGUAAUUGAUUUAUGACCUAAGAAUAUGUUCCAGUCAUGCAUAAUUUUACAAACAGCUUUAUGAAACACCCACCUGAUCACAUAGGUGGAAUAUAUUUUAUAAAUAGAACUACUCUGUAAAUUACUAACCCAAGCAAUGCAAUCAUCACCUUGAAAGUUAAUCCUGACAAUAAGAUGGCAUAUUCUUAAAAGCAGAAAAAUUUGGUGAAGGUUUUUAUCAGAGACUAAGAGUUAUGAAUUUCAAAUUUAGAUUUUGUUUUGACGUCAUAAUAUUUUUUCAAUAACAAUAUAAUCAUAAUCAUAACAUAAUUACAAAUAAGUCUAAGAGAGAGAAAGAAGGGGGAGGGUGAAAACAAAUCAUUACAAUAAAUUGAAAGCCGUGUUUAGAAGUGCUUUGUUUUGGAGUCAUGCAUGUUUAAACUGAUUUAAAGAAUUUGAUAAUUCAACAGAAUUAGGUAAUGAGUUCCGAAAGAGUGGUCUAAAAUAAAAAACAGAUCGUCUAGUUAAAGCUAUACGUGGCAAAGGAAGGUGGUAACCGUUACAAUUUCUAGUUUGAUAGGAGUGAUACAAAUUAUUCAUUUUAAAAUAAUCUAGAAGAGACUUAGGUAACAUACAUGUAUGGGUGUGGCAUUGGUACAUGAAUAUGCGAGCAGCUACCCUGUUUGUCAUCAUUAUGUAAUGUGAAUUCUAUGAAUUCACCUUUCAAAAUGGUUCAUGACUGAAUAUAGUUUUCUCAUAAAAUUGUGUAUGAAAUGAUUUAUGUCUAAGUAAUAUGUCUGAUUAUGUAUGACAUGCUGAUAUCAAACUAUUAUCUUUUUUCAGAGAAAAUGUCAUAUGGAGGAGCUAAUUGCACUUGACACCAUAAGAGUAUAAUUUUGUCUGAAUGGAUUUUCAAUUUCAUCUUUUAAUUGUCUCUUUUGUAUUUUUGUCAGCCUCUAUCACUUUCAAUUUCGUGCUAAUAUUGUACAAAUUUUUAUAGUAUAUGUUGUAAAUUUGUAAAUUGUAUAUUAUCUUUGUAAAUAUACAAAUAUUGAAAGAAGAAAUAAAUAAAUUUAAUUGAA